CUGCCCAGCCGCCCUGACAUGCGGAGAAUGCGGCUCGGUCGCCCUGCAGCCAGUGACGGCGCUUUGUGCCCAGCGCUGCUGUUGCUUCGGCUUUCCGCGCGCGCCAGGCAUGUGGCCGCGGUUGCCGGGCUCGCAGGUGCGGCGGGGCAGAGCAAGCCAGCCUCUUGUGACAUGGCCAGUGGUACAGCCUCGCCGGAGGGGGAGGCCGCACUGUCGGGCCGUGUGAGAUCAGGUGUCUCCAGCAGGUUCUUCGCUGAAGGCACCCCUCUCGGAGGAGGCGGGGUCAGAUUAGUGACUGGGAUGGACAGGAGGGCAGCCCAGUCUUCCGGAGCGCGAGAAGGAAGAGGCGCUCUUAGGCGACAGCCCUAACGCCUCGCCAGUGGAUUUGUCUUCGCCGCUGGUUCCGAAGAGUGCGCUGACUUCUAAGUGGGCCAGCGGCAGGAGCAGUGAAUUUGGGAGCCCGAGGCGGAGGAAGGAUGGCCGGAGACGGCAGCAACGCCAAGUGGAUGGGCUCCUUGCCGCCUGCUCUCCGCGCUCUACCCCUUGCCAAUCUGGCGAUCCCAGGAUCACAUGACUCCUUCAGCUACUGGGUUGAUGACAAAUCCCCCGUGGGGCCAGAUCAAGCCACAGCUAUCAAACGGUUGGCUAAAAUUUCUUUAGUAAAAAAACUAAUGAAGAAGUGGUCAGUGACACAAAAUCUGACAUUCAAGGAGCAACUUGAAAGUGGAAUACGCUACUUUGACCUUCGUGUAUCUUCCAAACCAGGCGAAGCUGGACAGGAGAUUUAUUUCAUACAUGGCUUGUUUGGAAUCAGAGUGUCUGACGGGCUGAUGGAGAUAAACACCUUCCUAACACAUCACCCCACAGAAGUGGUCUUCCUGGACUUCAACCAUUUCUAUGCUAUGGAUAAGAACCAUCAUGUGUACCUGAUUGGCAGGAUCAAAGAAGUAUUUGGAUCAAGGCUUUGUACAAAGGAGUGUGUAGAAAAUGUGACAUUGAACUACCUCUGGGAAAAGAAACAGCAGGUUCUUAUCUUCUACCAUCAUCCUAUCUACGAAGAAAACCCCAUUCUGUGGCCAGGGAAUAAAAUGCCAGCACCAUGGGCAAACACAACCAGUGUGCAUAAACUGUUACAGUUCUUAGAGACCACACUCGGAGAGCGAGCAAAACAUGGAACUUUUCACGUUUCACAAGCUAUUCUCACUCCAAGGGUCAAAACUAUUGCACGGCACCUCAUCCGGGGCCUGAAAAACACACUUGUUCACAGGAAUCUCCCUUUGAUAUUGAACUGGGUGAAGUCACAGAAACCAGGCAUCAUGGGUGUUAACAUAAUUACAUCAGACUUUGUGGAGUUGGUUGACUUUGCAGCUUCCGUAAUUGCAUUAAAUGAUCUCUUGUUAGAAGAGGGAAAGAGCUCUACAUAAAUCCUGAUUCUUUUUUUUAAACUUUCUGUCACUUACAGAAUUUAUUUUGCCUGUAUUUAAUAUGGUCCAGUAAUGCGGAUAAUUUUUUUUCAAGAUGUCUCACCAUGUUGCUGUUUUGCAAAGGAUCAAGAAAACAGGCACCAAACUGCACACGCUGAUGGUCUGCACCGUUCUGAACAACAUACAGUGGGUUUUUCUGUGCAACUUCUCUGCUUGUGUUUACUAAAAUACAGGGUAUGCUGAAGGCCAGCCAACUUGGAGUCUGGAUAUUUGCACACAUGCAAAUAAUUAGCAGAGGCCUCUCUUUGGAUUUGUUUACUAUGCGAAUCCUGCCUAUUGUGAAGUCUAGGAUCCAGUUCAAAAGAUAAUUAUUGAUCUCUAUGCACAGUAUUACUGGGCUGGCUACAUCCGUCAGACCUGUGCACUGCACUCUUCCCUCCAGUGAACUGUAUUAUUCUACCUCAGUCACUUUUUAGAAACAAAAAAACAGCAAGUCUAAUGUUCAGUAUGACUUCUAGGCAUAUUGCUUGUGACCUUUUAGAAUUCACUGUGAAAUUAUGUUUUCAAAAAUCUCCCCAGCCUUUUUAUGCUACUCAAAUUGUAAUUUUUUUUAAUGGGAGGUGAUAGGUUCCAAAGGAUAGCUAUUUUAAAUACAAAAGUGUAUCCUUUGUAGAAAUUGUGUUAAUUAUUGAAACAACUAUGCUGAGACGUGGGAAGUUAUGUUGUAAUUCUCUAUUCUAAGACUAUGUUUUUCCCAAGGUAUUUAAAAUAUUUUCUGAAAUGAUUCAUUAAUGUGAAAAAUUAUGUUUGUGUAUUUUGUUGGAAAGAUCAAUGGUAGCCAUUUUCAUAUUUAUUUAAUUUAUUUAACUCCCAUCUUUCUCCCCAAUGGGGACAUCAUUUUCAUCUUCUCCAUUUUAUCCUCACAGCAAUACUGUGAAGUAGGUUGGGUUGAGAGUGUGUGACUGGCCCCACAUCAACAAGCAAGCUCUCAUGGCAUGAGUAGGGAUUUAAGCCCCAUGAGAGAAUUGCUGUUUACCACGAGAAAAUGAUUGAUUAAACCAGGCAUUCCUGUAUGAUUUUCACUUGUUUACUUGCAAUCAGUCUUCCCUGCAAGGUAGGCAGAUUCCGCAUGGGGCAAAAACAGCAGUGUGAAAAUGGUGUGAAAACCCUUUUACACUAUUUUAAACCCUUUUAAACUGUUUUCACACCAUUCUCACACCGCUGUUUUUGGCCCAUGCGGAAUCUGCUGUAGUGUUGCUCUGUCUGCAUCAAGCUCAAGCUGUGUUUGAUUUGAAAGACAUGGAAAGGAUGGAAUUGUUCAUAAGCUCCCAGAUGCAUGAAUUUUACCCACCCUCUGAAGAGUCUGUCUGUUGUGGCAUCAUAUGAGUUACCACUCUAUGCUUAUAGCAUUCCAGUCAGAAGGCAAUCCCAGAUCAAAUCAAAAUGUGGAAGAUGACAUUUCAUGUGUCAUCUUUACUACUGCACACUACAAACUAUGCUAAAAGUAAAUCUUUUGGCAUGGAAGUGCAGUGUGCCUCCAAUAUUAUUCAGGGUGUAUUAUUCUUUGCUGUGUAAUAUUAUUUUACAGCUACAUCCAUGGCUUUCAUCUAUAGGGAGGCAUGUUUAAUAAGUUAUUUGUUUCCCAGAUGCCCCAUUUGGAUCAGGACAGUGGUGUGCAAGAAGUGCCUUCCCUGCAGUGCCAUUUUCCCAAUAUGACAUGGUGCCUGGCACCUGUUAUUUCCUUUUGUGGGGAAACUUAACAUUUAGCCAAUUGGUUCAUGCUAAGUUCCUCCAGUGGAACAGUAGUAGCUCCCCAGGGCUGUUGUAGAUCAGGAAAAUAAUGCUGUGAGGGAGGCUUAACAUCGCUCUGUGGUCCUGCAUUCAAGUGAGACCUCCAUGUACUUGGGAAACAAACAGAGGGCUGCAUGUUCUAUAGAUUGCUGGUGAAAUCAGUCACCCCAUUUAAAUCCCAAUUUUGCCACCAGUGAUUUGAUGGCCCAAUUUAGCAUAGUAGAUCAUUUUAGCUUUAGUUUUCUUAGGCCCCUUCCGCACACGCAAAAUAAUGCGUUUUCAAACCACUUUCACAACUGUUUGCAAGUGGAUUUUGCUAUUCCGCACAGCUUCAAAGAGCACUGAAAGCAGUUUGAAAGUGUAUUAUUCUGCAUGUGCGGAAUGAGCCUUACAGAUUUGUAAAAACGGUAUAUACUUUUUAUUCAGGAAACAUACAUUUAUUGUACUUUAUUUUUGGAAAUUCUUUACUUGACAUGGGAGGAAGCAUAGUGACAAAAAGAGGGAAAACUGUGCCCGGGUCAUGAACUGCCUGCGUGCCCCCUCCCGCCCCACCACACCCCAACAUGUCUCCAACAUGUGACUGCAGUGGCGGAGCCUGGGGCAAGCUGCCCCAGAUGUCCCCAUUGCACCUCCACCUCUGGGGAAGGGGUUUCAGUGGUAAAGUAUCAUCUGUGCACACAGAAAGUCCUGAAACCCUGGAGACCCUCUGUCAGAGUAAGUACUGACUUUGAUAGACCAGUCAUCUGACUCAGUAUAAGGCAGCUUUAUGCGAGAUUGAUAAUUUCCAGUGAAUCUGUUUUUCUUUCUGUGCAUACCCCAGAUUCCAGAUUGUGAAUUGAUGGUUUAUUUAUUUAUUUAUUUCUCCAUUUAUUUAUUUAUUUAUCAAAAUAUUUAUACCCCAUGUUUCUUCGCAUUGGGGACCUAAUGUAUUUUACAUUGGGGAGUGGGGACCUAAUGCAUUUGAUUACCCCUCCUCUGUUUCAUCUUUACAACAACCUUGUGAAUUUGGUUAGACUUAGAGAGUGUGAUGGGGCAAGGUCAUCAACAGCUUCCAUAGAAGAAUGAAACCGGUCUCCCAGAUCAUAGUUCAACACUCGAACCAUUUGUUUCUUAAGCCCAUUCUUAAUGUUAUAAACCAUUUCAGCCAGUAUGAAAGAACUUGAAGUGGCAAUGUUUGGAUGACUAUUGAAGGACUAGUUUACAGAGGUCUCUGUAGACCUGAGAAUUAGUUAUUCUAGGAGCCUUCCUCAAGAUAGAAUCACUGGGCUUAAAUAGAUAAUGUUUGAAGUGUUUUCUGCUCAUCAGUUGGGGAUGAAAACAGUUUUAUUAUUAUGAGUUUUCUAAAUGGGUUGUAUUUAUUUGAAUAAAAUAGCAUAUGGGGCAAAACAUGGGUUUCUGCUUUUUUCCCCCUCCCACUGUAAUAAACAAUGAGCAUUUAUUUUCACUUAUUCUCAUUGCUUUGUUGAGCAUGUGUGUACACAGUGCCAUCAAGUUACAGCCGACAUAUUGAAAUUUAAAGGCAAGUAAUUAAGUAGGAUGGUUUACCAUUGCAGAUUUCCUUGCUGGUCUCCCAUCUAAGCACCAAUCCUGCUUAGCUUCUGAGAUCUAACAAGAUUGGGCUACACCCAGUGGUGGGAUUCAGCAGGUUUGGACUACUUCAACAGAACCUGUUGUUAAAAUGGUGCUUAUAAACAACCAUUUGUUAAAUUAUUUGAAUCCCACCACCAGAACCAGUUAAAUUAUUUGAAUCCCACCACUGACUAUACCAUGUGGCAUUCCCUCCCACUAUUGUUGAGCAUACAACGUAGCAAUUUUCUUAAAGUAUUUGGUGCAAUGUAUAGGAACAUUGCUAUGACACUGAAGUGUUAACUCAUGAUUUUGAAGUGCUUGUGAGGGGACAUUGUCAUUACACAAGAUAAAAAUAAUUGAUGGUCUCAACAUGUGCUUAAACUUGAAGGUCUGUUCCUUGUUAACCCUCAUUGUUUUCUUGGUGGGGGAACUAUUGCUGUAAAUUUUAGAAUGGCAGGCAGUUUGUACAUUUACACAAAUGGCUCCUCCUUCUUUGGUCAUCUUAGAUACUUGCUGCAACCUCUGACUUUGACUAUUUUAUAGAGUUUAUUAUUAUUAACAUUAUUAGAAUCCACUUGAGCUACAUGUGUGGUUGUGGGGAAUCACUUGGACUUGCAUACCAUGUACAACUGGGUGGAUAAUGAAUUACUUUUCACAUGGUUUAUGGCAGGUUUAGGAUGUGGUCUUGUGUUGGGAACAAGGAGGAAUUUCAGAAGCAAAGGUGUCAAGGAUGCUGUGCACCCUCAACAAUGCCAAUUAUAUCAAACUGAUUUCAGUUUUUUUUCAAAUGUAGGGCUGGGGUCUUCCAUGUGCAAUUUGACAGCAAGGAAGGAUAAGUCUUUUAGUAAAAAGGGACUGGAUAUUUUUGAACUAUUUCCUUAUUGUUUUGUUAACUUGUAGGCUGCUAUAUAUCUCCUUAUUCUGGAAUUUGUUAUUUGAAAUAUUUUUAACAAGCUGAAUAUUAUUCAGCAACUAUCAAAGUAGGCAUAGCUGUUGCCCAAAUUUAGGCACUGCCAUCACCAGCAGUACACAAUAAUGGUGGUGUUUUGAGUUAGUUGUAUUCAUGCUAAUGAAAAUAGCUCACAGUUAUGGUUUUGCUUGGCAAACUAGGAACCUAAUCUAUAAUUAAGCAGGAAAAUCAUUUGAGUUUUAUUGGGUCACUUGUGGUCCGUUAGCAGCCUACUCUUAGUAUUGUUGAUUUUGUUUGCAAUUUAAAAUUAUACAUGCAUUCA